CAGUGAGUGAAGUGUGUGUGUAUGAUUGUGAAGUGUUUGUAGUAGCAGAAAUAAAAAAUCCUAAAAUUUUACAAUUGAAGUGAAUAAUCUGUUAAUUCUGAAUUACAAUCUUCCAAAAGUCAGUGUCAGUGAAAAAUAUAAAACAUGUGAAUAUUUGAUGGUGAAUAGUGAAAUUUGAAGCUAUUUAUUACGACACAAAUUUAAACCAUUCGUACAAAAGAAAGGAAAAUAAUUUAAAGAGCAAUUAUUGUGCCGUUUGCCGAGUCUUUAAGAAAUACAAAAAAAGGGAACCAAACAUUAUUGCCGCACACAGACCUCCCCAGACAGGAAGGAAACGGGAGGAGCGCUACUUUCUGGUUGAAUUUACCGCACGCCGCAUAGGAAACAUCGUCGCUAACACAACAACCCUCCCCCCUGCGUAGUGCGUAGAAAGUGCGACUGCGCAGUAGCAGCAGACAAUAACCAGCGUCGCGGAGCCAAGGGCAAGCGGGAAAAAUAGAAACGCGCGCGCUCGAGCUAAAGACGCGCCGAGCACGCACGCACACGCCUCCGUCUGCGAUGCCGAAUGCGUACGAUAGUGGCGCGGGUAGCUUGCCGUAGACAUCGCCAGUCGUAGUCGAACGAUCGGAUCGGACACUCCAUGGGGGGCAAACACAGCCGCCUCCAGCGAGAGCAGCAGCACCAGAAGCAACGGAAGCAGCAGCAGAAGGCGAAUCAACGGCGAAAGGAACCGUGUGACAGCUCGGAAUCGGCAGUAGUGGUCGCAGCACCUGACCAGCGGACGGGGGGUGGCCCGGUGAACGGCGGUGGUGCGGUUGUUGUUGUGGUUGUGCCCGAUGUCGCGAGUGAGUCGGCGCUGAGCGUAGCUGAACGUGACGCGGAACGCGUGGGACUUGCUGCUGAGUGCAAUACGCCGAAGCAGGAGCAGCAGGAGCAGGAGGAGGACAGUACGAAAAGCUCCGUUACGAUUACGAUUUGCAUGCUGAAAAUGGAACCGAAUGCCGGUGGCGGCAGCAGCACCAGUACGGAGAUGGUGGAGGAUGUCACACCGACGGUCGAAAGCCCGACGACAACGAGUGAAGAAGGCGUUGAAAGAGCAGUGAGAGACGUUACAGCGACAGACGGCAGUUCACUUUCGCGGCGAGACUGCUGUGCCUGCGUUGAGAAUGGUAAUUUUAGCACGACAGAAACAGAAACAGCCGCCGACACGGUGACGGCGAGAUGUAGUUGUAGUUCCAACGGAGUAACCGCCGCCGCCGAAACGAUCGACAAUCGGUUGAACAAUAACGAGCAGCCACAGGGAACGACAGCAGCAGCAGCAGCAGUAGCAGCACCGACAGCGACGUUGCCCACAAUGUCUUCCAAUCUGCCCGCCAACACCAGCCCAAGUGUCCCGUCAGCAACGCCAGCAGCAGGACUGUCGUUCAUGAUCGGAGGUCACGAUCCUGCCACCAUCAGUCAUUUGUUGCAUCGGUUGCGGCACCUGCACCAUCACCACCAUCACCAUCACCAUCUGCACCACCAUCAUCAUCUGAUGCAUCUGCACCAUCUGCAUCAUCAUCUUCCUGCUGCGGGAGUUGGAAUGCCCGCCGACUUGCCGAUCGAUGCGGUGGCGGCGGUAGCUAACAGCACAACAGUCGACUGGAGGCAGCAGCAACCGCAGUGGAUCGCUGCCGCCGGCAUGGUCGGUGCUGCCAGUGGGGCGCUGGUUCGCCCGCACGACAGCAACGCCGCGCCACACCCACUCGGUGGAUCUUCUUCUGCUACGGUGGGAACGACGACACCCGUUGCUCCACUGUUUAUGGACAUCGAUAUCGAUCUGAAGGACAAGCUCGAGGGGCUAAAGCUGGACAGUAGCAGUAGUAGCAGCAGCAGCACCGCGAGUGGACAGCGCACCAGCAACAACAACGUGACGGAAGCGUCCGGCGAACAUCCGUACAGUGUUGGCGAAUGUCCGACCUGCUGCGCGAUGGCAAUGGCCGCGAAUGCGUCGGUCGGUGGGCUGCAACAUACCGGUGCCGUUGGCGGUGGUCCAUCCGCCACGAACGGAACGGCGGCUGCCGUGUACAAUGGCAAUGCCGGCGAGGUGGAGGAGAAGAUACUCAACACAACGAACCAACCGGCGGCAAUGGCAACUGCAGCAGCAGCAGCAGCGAGCGGUGGCGAAAAUGUGCCAGAAUCGUCGACGGUGACUUCACCCUCCCAAUCGAAUGAUCAGAUUUCAACCGAGCUGCCGGACAGCACUGGAGCAGGAUCAUCUGCGGUGGCAUCUCCAUCUGCUGCUACCGUCGGUGGCUCUACGGUGGCGGCAACCAGCAACAACAACGGCAGCUCUGCGAAGGAUGCGGAGCAACGGCCCGGCGAAGCGGUGGUGGACGACAAUUCCUCGAACCAGACAGCAGCAGCAGCACCAACAACACCGACCAGCGUGGUCUCGGCGGGUUCAGCAAACACAGCCAGUGACAGUUCGCCAGUAGCCACGGUCACGGUCGGUAGUGCGUCGAAGGCGACGGCAAACCUACCGCCCUGUGCUUCCUCGGUGUCGUGUUGCGCCAGCAACGGCAACAGCCGGAAGUCAGCGUCUUCCACCGCGUCCACCCUGUUCGGUUCACUGUCCUUCGCGGGCCGUCGAUCGCGCUCGUCCAACGCGCGCGCCGGAAGCUGUUGCUCACCCACGGCGGACGGUUGCAACUCUCCGGAGCAACAGCAGCAGCAGCAGCAGCGUUCCCGCAUCUCCUGGAUACCGGGCAGCGGGCAGAAGCAGCACCGCAACGGUGCGAAAAAUGCAACCCCUAGCGCCAAAACGAAAAAGUCGAACUGGCCCUUCUCGCUAAAGUCAUCCGGCGGCGGUGGCAGCAGUGGCGGAUCGAACGCGGGAACGGCAGCAGCUGUGGCCCACAAGCAGACAACCAAAGCAGCAAACGGUGGCAGUGUGGUGUCUAGCAAUACAGCAAUGUCCACGGACGCAACGCCCGGUGGCAGUGUUCUAGCGGGCGUAGCAGGCCCAUCGCUUCGCGGAAGCACGCUGAUCGCUUCGGCAAAACUGUUGAAAGGUGAAUCGGAUAAGGAUGAUACGUGCGUGUGUACCGCCUACCGGAAGGUGAGUGAAUCGCCACCGCCUCCCUCAUCGCCCAUACCACCAUCAGCCGCAGGUGCGGCCGCGGGUCCUUCCGGGGCGGCAGCACCCCGCCCGAACGAAUCCGUCGAAUGGCUCGAGGAAGCAAUCCAAGGAUCGGGACUGGUGCCGCUUAAUCUCCAUAUGCUAAGCUCGUUGCGUGCUGCGGGCAGUGCCGGCACAUCGGCGGGUCAGCCAUUGAUAUCGCUCGCCGGCCCGGAAUCGAUCCCGAUGCUGCCCAACAAUGGGAGCAGCAGCAGCAGCAACAACAAUCACCACCACCAUCAUCAUCAUCACGCGAUGGCCGCUGCCCUGGUGGCCGACCAUCAUCCAACGUUCUUCUUCCAGUCCGCACACCAUGCUCCGGCGGUGGCGGCAGGAGCGCCCGGAGCGGCCGCCGCUGCUGCUGCAGGCCCCGCCGCACUGUUCGGUACGCUUCCGCUCGGUGCAGGCCAUCCGCCCGCGAACGAUGUGAUACUGCUGGCGGACUCGCCCGUCCUGUUUGAUCUUACCAGCGAUGACUUCUCGGUGGAGGACUGUGACGAGCGGGCGCGCAUUCAGCGCGAGCUGGAAAUCCGCGAAGGCGUCGACGCACCGCCCAACUUCCAUCCGCGCCGGCUCAUGUCGGGCGGCACGAUUGCGUCCGGGCCGGCCGCCAACCAUCCGAUCGCGUUCAUCUACUCGCGCGAUCUGGUCCAGCGCGGUCUGCUGAUGGCGAACAAGCUGAUCCAGCCGCUGGAUGCGGCGGCGGCGGCAGCGGCGGGCGUGUGCGUUGCCCGGUCCGGGUUCGGCCGGUUGCGCAUCCACUCGCAGGUCGACUUUAUCCACUGUCUCGUGCCGGACCUGCAGAAGAUUACCAGCUGCAGCUUCUACUGGGGCAAGAUGGACCGGUACGAGGCGGAGCGGCUGCUCGAGGGUAAACCGGAGGGUACGUUCCUGUUGCGCGACUCCGCUCAGGAGGAGUUUCUGUUUUCCGUCUCCUUCCGCAAGUACAACCGGUCGCUGCACGCUCGGAUAGAGCAGUUUAAUCACAAGUUUAGCUUUGACUCUCGCGAUCCGGGCGUGUUUACGGCGUCGACGGUGACGGGGCUGCUGGAGCACUACAAGGACCCGUCCUGUGUGAUGUUUUUCGAGCCGAUGCUAACGUUCCCGCUGAACCGGAACUUUAGCUUCAGCCUGCAGCAGCUCUGCCGGGCGGUGAUUGUGAGCAACACGACGUACGAUGGCAUCAACGAGCUGACGCUACCGAAGUCGCUCAAAUCCUACCUGAAGGAGUACCACUACCGGCAGCGGGUCCGCUUCCGGCCCAUGGACGAGCAUCUCUACUCCAACGCGUAGCUGCUCGACGAUGACGUUGAGGACGGAGACGACUUGUACGAUCCGGACGGUGACGAUGAUGAUGACGACGACGAUGACGACGAUGGUGAAGAUGGUGGCCGCAUCGUGAUUCGUAGUAGAAAAGCAGGCACCAAUCGUGUGCCUCCUGGCGAAUCUACUGGCCGAUACUUACCCGGCUGGGUGUGGAAAGGUGCCAAUGUGCAUCCUUACUACUACGCGCUACAUCCCGUCACGUGUGGGCUAGCUGCCGCUAAGCGACAGUGCAGUAAAAUGGUCAAACCAACGCUCGGUGAACGGUGGCGCAAACGGCUUCAUCUUCAGGGUGGCUCCUUUGCACCACAGCAGCCAGCGGCCGGCGUGUCGUCGUCCUGUUCGUCCGCUUCAUCCUCCCGCUGGAUGUACGUGCUGAAGCGGUUCCUUAAGCGCCGGCAAAGGAUAAUGUCCUGCCACCGGCCACAGUGUAGCGAGUGGUAGUGUCCCUCCUUUUCCCCCUAUGUUAUGUAGCCCCUAUGUAGCAAUGUGUUGUUUUUGUUUGUUUGGUUGUGUGUGCUUGUUUGUUAGGCUUUUUUUCUAAAAAAAAGGAAGUGCACCCAUUUUUAUAGUAAAUUCCCCCGGGGAGGCACAAUAGCUAAUCGAAGAGGUAGAGAGUGAACGAUAGUAAGGGAGGAUCCUGUCGAAUGAUACACACAAAUCGGUCACCGUUUUUUCGGUGUACGUUUUAUAGCCCUUCCGAUAGCUUUACACAAACACACACACACAUACUUUAAACACUUGAGCAGUUUUCUCAAUUCGCACUAUGUUAGUAAAUUAUUUGCACUUCCAUUCCACCCGUUCCCAAUGCUUCUAUCCACUACUUUGCACACUCAUUGUUAGGGCGGAGUAGUAGUAAUGAGCCGAAAAACAACAACAAUAUUCACAUCAUAAUAAUGAGACAGAGAGAAAGGAGAGCAGGAGAGGGAGACAAAGAAACGUCUCAUGUAGUGUUAAAACAACCACCAGAAUCAGUAUUUCAGUAUAGUAAUUGUGCGUUUAUUAGUCUCCCACACGACGUAUGCGCAGCAGAGCUAGGAAGCGUAAACACUUAAUCCUUCUUAGCCAAACCGAUCCAACCGAAUCAACCAACCCAACAACUCCCCCACUCUCUCUCUAUGUGUUGUCCUAGAGCAAAUUGUAUUUGUUUGUUUAGUAGUGUUAGAAGCUUGAAUUUUAAGAAUGGUGUUACUAGCACUCCAACACUAGGAUAUACCAGCUGGUAGGCGUAUUUAUUACACUAGCAAUUAUUGCAAAUAGAUUUUACACACAAAUAAGCUAAUCAGAUUCAACACACACACACACACCACACAGCUACUGUGGGUCGUGUGAGGCAAAUUGUACAGAAGGUGGUAGCGCUGGUAAAAAGGCUCACCGUCAUUUAGUUACAUUUAGUUACGUUUGUAAGGGACCCCCCUUAGCAGAUUGUAGAUACAUUGUGUGUGUUUUUAGUUUAGUUAAUGUUUAGUUGUUGCUUUCCGGUCACAAUUUCAGGCCGCGGAAGAGUUCGCAGAGUAGUCGCAGAGAGAGGGGGGGGG